UAGUCGCGUACGCUUAUUAGGGUGCAGGGAAUCAAUGGUUUAAGACGCGGCGGGGAAGCUACAUGAGCGGUACGGUAUCGGUCGGAAUUUACAUCUCGUUAACCACCAUUUUCCGCUAAGUGAUUAAUGUGGUAAAAUGUUGUCAUAGGAGCCCUCUAUCCGGUCCACAGUUCUACCAUACAUAAAAGCGUUGGUAAUAUGUGGUUGGCGGAAUCUGGCCGGGUCCAGGUGGCGAGCUAGACCUUGGAAUCUGAACACUAAGAAGAGCCGCGUCCUCCCUCCGGGCCGGUAGAGGGUUUUUGUUUCUUCUUGUCUUUCCCUCAUAAGUCAAAGCACAGUUUUCUGCUGUUUCCCUGAACGGUCCGACAGACCUUCAUUUGACUCUCCCCACCGCAACGGCUUCCUUGAGCCACUAUGGACAUCCUCUGAACGGUGGCGAGUCUUUUUUGAACAUUUUCUUUCUGUGGUGCAGUUAAAGAGAAACUGGACUCUUCCCCUCUGACAAAGGCUAUCUUAACAAGAGUAUAGUAAUGCUGAUGUGUUUACUUCUUGAAGUGCUUUUGUAUAUAUAUGUUUGAAUGGCCAUUCUGUGUUUCACUAUUUAUCACUGUAAAUCAUCUGCACAAAUCAUUAAAGGUGCUAAUCCAUGAACAAUUCCAGUCUCCUGCCCCUCCCUCCUUGAGACGAUAACUAGACCUCUGAUCUCUAGCCCAUUAGCCAUUAAGCUGCUUAUUCAUAUCAAUUGGUAGCUUCCGGUGACAAAGGUGCUACAUAUAAUUUGGCGAGCUAGCUAGGAGGGCAGUGUGAGCAGGACUGGGUAUUGUUUAUGGUGAAGUAGCAUUUCAAUCACCCCCCCCCCCCUUUCAUAAACAUGGAUGUGCUGAUGAAACAUGGCUUAAAGAUUCCCAACUCUGUGGUUUUUAAACAUAGUGUGAGUGCGGAAGCAGAUGAGGGGGUCAUUGACUUUCUUGGCCAAUAUGGGAAAAUUUCUAAGGUUGAACCCAUUAUUGAACCUGACUCCGUUUUCUCAGACACAAUUGUUGUUGAGUUUGAGUCAGGAAGUGCACUGACCGAAUUGAGAAAGAUUUUGCCAUACACUUAUACGCACAGAUGUGAAGGUGAAAGGGUGACAUAUGACAUUUGUGAUCUGUCUGCGGAGUGUUCAGAAUUAGAAGGGACGGUUAAGACUCAUACGUAUUUGAAUGAAUUACAACAUAUGGCUAAAAUUACAGGACAGGACUAUGCAGAGGUCCUCAGAGGGGUGAUGUCUCUGCUAGGCCAGUCCAUCAGGGAGCUCAGUCAACCACCACCUGGGGAGCCCCAGCCAGAAGCAAGUGAUCGUGCGACAUCUUCACCUCCCGCUGCUGCAUCAUUGCAGGUGCCCAACACCAUCCCCUUCAGGCCACAAGGUGCAACAGUCGCAGAAAAGCAGGAUGUAAAGAAGGAACCAUCACAGAGCCGUUCUGAUUAUGGUAUGCUGUCUGGAACUCCACCUAUGCCUGAUCUGAAUCCCCCUACAGUUCAGCGUUAUGUAGUUGAACACAUAAUGAAAAAUGAUGACAACGCUAUACAUCUCUCUGCUGUGAGACUUCGAUCCUUCUCAGGCCGAGCUCCAAGACCACCACACGAAACGGACUAUGAGACAUGGCGCUCCAGUAUCGAUCUGCUUCUUCAGGAUCCGGCAAUUUCUGAUUUGCAAAGAUCCAGAAGACUGGUUGAAAGCCUUUUCCCACCGGCGGCAGACAUGGUAAAACAUCUAAAGCCAGACACCUUACCCAAAGUCUAUUUGCAGAUCCUGGACUCGGCCUAUGGAGCUGUGCAGGAUGGAGAUGAGCUGUAUGCGAAGUUCAUGGAGCUGUUUCAGGACGCUGGUGAGAAACCAUCUGCGUAUUUGCAACGUCUACAAAUUGCACUCGUUGCAGCUUUGAAGAGGGGAGGAGUGAAAGCCACUGAUGUGGAUCGACACCUUCUUAACCAGUUUUGUCGGGGGUGUUGGGACAACAAUCUUAUUUCUGAACUGCAAUUAAAACAACGCAAGUCUAACCCACCAUCUUUUUCUGACUUCUUGUUGUUGCUCCGAACUGAGGAAGACAGAGAAGCUUCCAAAGCUCAGCGUAUGAAGCAGCACCUCGGUUCAAAAGCCAGGGCCGGGGCGCUUGCUCAAUACGCCUACACUCCCGAAGAAGAAAAGGUUGACGCACUAACCAACAUCACGCAACAGCUUGCCCAGCAACUAGCUGACAUACAGAGGCAGCUACUGACUCUUACAGCCGGGCGAACCAGCCGAAACCAAUCUGCAACCUACCCGUCUGUUCCUGCCAAAAACAGUAAGCCGAUCCGCACCCCCCACAAAUCAUCAUCCGCAGGGCCUAAGCCAGGUUACUGCUACAACUGCGGUGAAGAUGGACAUAUAAGACCCGACUGCAACAACGAUCCCAAUCCAACGCUCGUGGCUAUGAAAAAGAAACGGUUUUCAGAAAAGCAGAAGCGGCAGCAAAAACCCCACAGAAACUCGUCUUUAAACUAG